AGUUUAAUUUCAAAGCAGAGAGAGUGAAGAGGUUCUAGGCUGAAGAGAUGAAAUUCUUAGAAAUCUUGAUUUUCUUCUCAAAUUUCCUUUUUCAAGUAAAUUCUAAAGCUAAAACUCCACUAUAUGGAAUAUUUUUCGCAAGAACUGACCUUACUAGUCCAGAGGUUUGUGCCAAAGUGGGGUGUUUUCGUGGAAAAUUUGAAAGUGGAAGAGUGAGGCCAUACGAAGCUUUCUACGGAAUUCCCUAUGCUGAGCCUCCUCUUGGGGACUUAAGAUUUGAAAAGCCUAUUCCCCAUAGAGGAUGGACAGGAUACUGGGAUGCUACGUACGCGAGGGAUGCCUGUAUGCAAAGGAAUAUUUUUCUCUUUGAACAACCCAUUUUAGGCUCUGAAGACUGCCUCUACCUCAAUGUCUAUCGGCCGAAUAAUUGGAAGAAGGCUAAAAAGCUUCCUGUUAUUGUGUGGAUUCACGGAGGAGCCACCGUGGCUUUCUCAUCGGAUCCUGAAGUAAUUGGACCUGAAUAUCUAAUGGACAAUGGGGAAGUUAUCCUUGUAACUCUGAACUACAGACUUGGCUUUUUCGGCUUUCUCUGCUCAGGAGAUGAAGCCGUAAAAGGAAAUUUCGGUGUUAAGGAUCAACAACUCGCCAUUAAAUGGGUUGCUGCAAAUAUUGAAUACUUUGGUGGCGAUCCUGAUUCCAUAACACUUGGAGGAGAAAGUUCCGGAGCAGCUGCUACUCACUUGCAUAUGCUCAAUCCUGUUUCCAGGACCUUUUUCCAUCGUGUGAUGUUGAUGAGUGGUUCAGCUCUCAAUGGAUGGGCUAUUUCAACAGAUUGUCCAAUUAAAUUUCGUCUCGGUGCUAAAUACAGUGGACUUGAAAAUUGGGAAACAGGAACUACGUAUGAGCUGGCGAACGAAUUGAAGAAGCUCGAUGCUCUUACCUUGGUCUUGGCUCUUGAUAAAUUGUUUGUUUUCCUCCAAACUCCCCCUGGACCCCUUCGACCGUGCAUUGAGGGAGAUUGGGAGGAUGCUUUUCUAAAGGAACAUCCUAGGAAAAUUUGGCUAGAAGGCCGAUACGGACCUAAGCCCAUUUUCAUUGGGACUACAUCCGAUGAAGGAACUCUGGGGGCUGGACUUACAACCAAUGAAACAAUUUUAAAGGAAUUUAAUGAGAAUAUUUAUGAAUAUAUCCCCAUUCAAUUGGACAUUAAUCCUAGAUAUAUGGGUGAAGUAAUUGAGCGGUAUUUAGGAGGAAAGGACUACAUUGAUGAAAGUAACGUUGAAGGCUAUUAUCAGUUAUACACAGAUAAACAAUUCAUCUACCCUAUGGUAGCCCUUGUUGAGCAGUACCUACAGCAUUCAGAUGUCACGAAGAAUCCUAUAUUUAUCUACGAAUUUGCCUUCAGAAGCGCUUAUACCUUUGUUAAAUUCCUAACCGGGCAGGAUAUUUAUUUAGGAGUUAGCCACAUAGACGAUCUAUUCUUUCUCUUCAGUUCUCCAGGUCUUUUCACGCCAUUUACACCUGAUUCACCUGAAGGCCACAUGGCUGAUACUUGGGUACGUACUGUUGUGAAUUUCGUGGUAAGAGGAGAAAUGAAAUUCUGGCGGAAAUAUACUCCCUGUACCCCUGCUAUGUCUAUCCCUUUCUGCGAUCGUCAGAUUUUCCAGAGAUACGAAAAGAUGGAUCCGAACCAAGUAAAUGUUUCAGUCUCCAAUAAAAUUGAUACAGAAAUGAUUAAAUUUUGGGCCGAAAAAGAAUAUGGCGUUGAUGCGAUUACUUUCACUCCUUGUUUUUAACAAGGAUCAUAAAAUAGAUUUUUUUCUAUAUCCACAAACUAUUAAAAUUUAAUAUUUCAAUUUAAUUUCCUUUUUUAUAUACAUUUUAUAUCUUUUUUUUUAUUAUACUUUGUCAGUUUUUUAUAUGUAGGUACAAUUUUCCAUGGAAAUAAUUUUAAAAACUCAUUAAAUUAGCUCAUAAAAAUAACUGUGACGUCUUACGUAAGAAAAUGCAAUUACAUCCACGUUAAGAAUAAUUUUAAUUAAUUUUCUUAUACAAGGUUGUACUAAUUUGUGAGUCAAUAAAAGUUUUUCGUUUCUACUGAAAUCAACAAUAAAAAAAAUCGAGAAAAAGGAGUUGGGUUAGUUUCUUUUUUGUCUUGGCUAAAAGUACUAAUUUCUUUAAGAUCUUUCAAAUCUUUGAUUUUUCUAACGGAAUAUAAAAUGAUUUUAUUACGAAUUGUAAGGAAAAUAAAUUAUAUUUACCU